AUGAAGAAUUUUACGCCAGGAGGGGGAGCCGCGUCAACAGCGAGCAAGAACUCCAACAACAAUGAGCUCUGCCUCUUGAAAGGCGAGGGGUCUACACCUCCUCCUUCUGUAGGCACCACAACAUCUGCUGCGACUUGCCAGGGAGAUGGUGUUGCACCUGGCGGCGCCAGCGACGGGGAUGGAGGGGACACAGUUACGGGAGUAGUAGUGACCGGCGUGGCUAAUAGUCCUGCAGGCAUGAAAUGCAACAAAAACGGAGAUUGCAGGAGGGAUCCAGUCACUACAGGGAGCUUAUCUUCCAUAAUUUCUAAACAGGAGAAGCAGAGUGUUGGAGUAUCGGGAAUCGAGGACGGGAAAAGGCGGAGUGCCUGUUAUUCCACAACAGCCAGCAUGGACGGAUCGACCACCCCUGCCGGCUCUCUAACACAGGGACAGGGGGGCGAGACUGCGAGCACCGGCGCCCCUUCGGCUGCCACCGGUGUAUAUGAGAAAAAGGACUCCAGGGUUUCCUUCUCCAACGCGCCGAGUAGGAAAGCGUCUUCUUCUGUGUAUGGUCUGGGCCAGACCCAGACCCAACAGUCUAGGAAUUCUGUCACGUUUCUCAAGUCCGAGGAUGGACCACAGAUCGUUCCCGAUGAUCUGGACCCGAGGGACAACCAGACGUUCAUGCAACGGCAAUUUAGUUCCAUGCUCCAGCCCGGAGUUAAUAAAUUCUCCCUGCGUAUGUUUGGAAGUCAAAAGGCAGUGGAAAAAGAACAAGAGCGGGUUAAAUCGGCUGGAAAUUGGAUUAUUCACCCAUAUAGUGAUUUCAGGUUCUACUGGGAUUUCACGAUGCUCAUGUUCAUGGUGGGCAACCUGAUCAUCAUCCCCGUGGGUAUCACGUUCUUCAAGGACGAGACCACCACGCCCUGGAUUAUCUUCAAUGUGGUGUCGGACACCUUCUUCCUCAUGGACCUGGUGCUCAACUUCCGCACCGGCAUCGUCUACGAGGACAACACGGAGAUUAUCCUCGACCCCAAGAAGAUCAAGACGAAAUACCUGAAGACCUGGUUCGUGGUGGACUUUGUGUCCUCCAUUCCCGUGGAUUAUAUCUUUCUUAUCGUGGAGAAGGGCAUCGACUCCGAGGUUUAUAAAACGGCGCGGGCCCUGCGCAUCGUGCGCUUCACCAAGAUCCUCAGCCUCCUGAGACUCCUGAGGCUCUCCAGGCUCAUCCGCUACAUCCACCAAUGGGAAGAGAUCUUCCACAUGACCUAUGACCUGGCCAGCGCGGUGAUGCGGAUCUUUAACCUGAUCGGUAUGAUGCUGCUGCUGUGUCACUGGGACGGCUGUCUGCAGUUCCUGGUGCCCAUGCUGCAGGACUUCCCCGAGGACUGCUGGGUGUCGCUCAACAAGAUGGUGAACGACUCGUGGAGCGAGCUCUACUCCUUCGCCCUGUUCAAGGCCAUGAGCCACAUGCUGUGCAUCGGUUACGGCCGGCAGGCCCCGGAGAGCAUGUCGGAUAUCUGGCUGACCAUGCUCAGCAUGAUCGUGGGCGCCACCUGCUACGCCAUGUUCAUCGGCCACGCCACGGCGCUCAUCCAAUCGCUGGACUCCUCCCGCCGCCAGUACCAGGAGAAGUACAAACAAGUGGAGCAGUACAUGUCCUUUCACAAACUGCCAGCAGACUUCCGACAGAAAAUCCAUGACUACUACGAGCACAGAUACCAGGGGAAGAUGUUCGAUGAGGAGAGUAUCCUGGAGGAACUUAAUGAACCUUUGAGAGAGGAAAUUGUCAAUUUCAACUGCCGCAAGCUGGUGGCGUCCAUGCCCCUCUUCGCCAACGCCGACCCCAAUUUUGUGACGGCCAUGCUGACCAAACUGCGCUUCGAGGUCUUCCAGCCCGGAGACUACAUCAUCAGGGAAGGCACCAUCGGCAAGAAGAUGUACUUCAUCCAGCACGGGGUGGUGAGCGUGCUGACCAAGGGCACCAUGGGAAUGAAGCUCUCCGACGGCUCUUACUUCGGAGAGAUAUGCCUGUUGACCAGGGGCAGACGCACGGCCAGUGUCCGGGCCGACACCUACUGCCGCCUGUACUCGCUGUCGGUGGACAACUUCAACGAGGUGCUGGAGGAGUACCCCAUGAUGCGGCGAGCCUUCGAGACCGUCGCCAUCGACCGACUCGACCGCAUAGGGAAGAAGAACUCCAUCCUGACGCACAAGGUGCAGCACGACCUCAACUCGGGCGUCUUCAACAACCGGGAGAACGAGAUGAUCCAGGAGAUCGUCAAGUACGACCGCGAGAUGGUGCAGCAGGUGGACCUGCAGAGGCCGCGCGCCAUGUCCAUGACUCCCAGCAUGCACGGGGGCAUGUUCGCGCCGCCGGGCCAGCACCAGUCCAGCUCGGCCAUCGCCACCCUCCAGCAGGCCGUGGCCAUGAGCUUCUGCCCCCAGAUGGCCAGCCCCCUGGUGGGCCCCGUGGCCCUGCAGUCCCCCCGGAUGGUGCGGCGCUUCCAGGUGGUCCAGAGCCUGUCCAGCCCCGUCUCCAUGUCCCCCCUCCAGACCCAGCAGGGGGUCCAGGCCCAGAUAUCGGGCGGGGCCUUCACCUCGGCCGUCUCCAGCCCGCCCGUCCAGAGUCCGCUGGCGACCGGUGGACGGACUUUCCAGUACGGGUCCAGCCCCCCCAUGGGGGGCCCCUCAGGCUCCCAGCUCUCCCUGGUACAGCAGAGGGCCCCCAGCCCCACACAGAGGCCCAGCACCCACAAGAGCACCCACUCUUUGCACACCGGGAGCCUGAGUCAGGACAUCCGGGCGCUGUCCGCCUCCCAGCCCUCCCUGCCCCACGACGGGGUCCACCCCGCGGCCCCCAGCCCGCCCCAGUCCACCCGCGUCUCUUCCACGUCCAUCGGGCCCCCCCACACCCUCCCGGGGUUCCGGGGCCCCAUGGCCCAGAGGAUGGUGUUGCCCCACCAGAUGUCUGUGGGCUCCUUCCCCCCCUGCCUCCCCCCCCAGGCUGCCUCAGCGGGGCUGGGGGUGGGGGUCGGGGUGGGUCUGGCCCCCAGCCUGCCGGACUCAGCGGUGCUGAAGAAGGAUUCCAUAGGCAGCCUCCCCGAAACGGACACGGCCAGAUCGCGGCUAUCUUCCAACUUGUGA